GGGAACGAGAAAGAACGAUCAUCAUUUUCAGUAGAGAAAAGCACUGGUUCAAGACAAACUCAUAAUAAUUCGAAACGGAAAUUGGGCAAUCAAUCGGAUUAUACAGAUUACGAAGGGUUGGCACUCUUGUUCGACGAAUCAAACGAAGAAGCCCUUAUGGAAAGCAUUGACGAGAAAACUCUUGCUGAAGAGGACAAAUUACCAUUAAUGAGAGAAGAGGGUCGAUCACAAUAUAUGCGUGAAGACGUGGUGGAAGCUUUCCGAAAAUAUCAAAGCAGAAUUCCCAAAACCCGCCGAGCAUAUACCCCUGCAUAUUGGGGAGUGUUCGAUUUAACGAAAGAGAGCUUAUACGGAUGCAAGGAAUUUACUGAAGAUGAUUUACAGCAAUUAUCUCAGGAUUUUGCUGACCACAUAAAGUGGAAACCCGAGUCUGUCACAAAGAAUGUUGAAGAUUACUUUGACAGUAAUUGUGAAAAGGUUGAUAAUGAUCAAGAACUCAGAAAAUUUGAUAGACACGUUCAGUUUAUGAAAGUUAAUAUGAAUUCGUUUCAACAAAUGCUUCCUGAGGAACAACUAAAAAUGACGUCAUCCUUUCCACUAUUCCAUGGGGCAUUCAAUUCAAGUCGUAUUAAGGAUGUCUGGGGAGAAACUCAGGCUCUUUCGACAAAUGACGCGCGAAAUGAAAAAGCUAAUCCGUUCAAGAAAGCACGCAUGGGAAGGAAAGUAGAUAUGAAAGCAACCUUAGCCAAGACAUCAAAUAAAUUCGAGGUUAUUUACGGGGAAGUUGUGGGCGGUUUAGGACCAUUAGGAAUUCCCAUGGCUUGUCGAAAAAAGCGGUUUUUGGACAAAGUAAAGUUAAUGAUAAUAAUGCGUGACUCUAUCAAUCGUUUGUUAAACGAAUGUAAACACGUGUCAGAAAAAACUCGAACGAGUUUAAUAGUUUACGGCUGGCUCCAAGUCGGUCUGGAAUUGAAUUUCUACGCGAUGGACUGGUCAGGAUCUGGAAUUUAUAGAUUUGGGUUAAUAGAUAGAUGCAGGAUACCUGCAGAUGAAGACGAUUGCUUUAUGUUGGAAGACGCAUACUGUAUACUUAAAUCAUUAGAGAAUAAAUCGCUUGAAACAGAGACUACAGUGAAACAACUGUUUUCAGAAAAUACGAAAG